AUGGAGCCGUCCCCGUGCGGGAGCCGAGACUGCGGCGGCAGCGGCGGACCCCGCCUGGCCCCGGGGCUGGUGGUCGCGGCCGCUCCGCCGCCGGGGAUACCGCUUCCUCCAACUUUCCUGCGGCCGCCCAGCCUGUUCCUGCGGGCAGCCGCGGCCGCCGCCUCCGCCGCGGGAAGCGGGGGCUCCCGGCCGGCGCCCGGGCUGGAGCGCGGGGUGGGCGCGCUGGGCGGCGGCUACCCGCGGACUCCCAAGUGCGCCCGCUGCCGCAAUCACGGCGUGGUCUCGGCGCUCAAGGGCCACAAGCGCCUCUGCCGCUGGCGGGACUGCGCCUGUGCCAAGUGCACCCUGAUCGCCGAGCGCCAGCGCGUCAUGGCCGCCCAGGUGGCGCUGCGCCGGCAGCAGGCCCAGGAGGAGAGUGAGGCCGGGGGGCUGCAGAGGCUCUUGUACUCGGGACCCUCGCCCUCGGGGCCCGGGGGUCGGACCUCCGGAGGCUGCAGCGGAGCCGAGAACCCCCUGGAGGCGAGCGCCCCUGCGGAGGGGACUGCGCUGGGACUGGAUGCCUUGAGACGGGCUGGUGGGCUGGCGACCCCUGCUUGCCAGGCUUUCCAGCCAGAUUACACGGAGGGAGAGCAAGAACACAAAGAGAGUAAAUGUGACUCAUACCAGAGUGGACAAAAAGAACCGGUCUCCAAACCUCAUCAGCCCACCCUGGGAUCAUCUCCUAAGCCUAUUGGUGUCCUUGGAAAACACAACCUUAGGUCUUCUGUUUCAGAAAACUCAAACAAGGGUGACGGCCUUGUGUCUCCUCACCCCGGGGAGCAAUCCGGAGGUGAAGAGAGUCCCAGGUCUCUAUCCUCCUCCGAUCUGGAAUCAGGAAAUGAAAGCGAGUGGGCCAGAAACUUCACUGCCCCCAGGUCCAGACUUCGCACAGUGUCUUCAAGACCAAGAGAUCCUCUUGAUAUCCUUACCAAGAUCUUCCCAAGUUACAGGCGCGGCCGGCUGGAAGGCAUUCUGCAGUUCUGCAAAGGGGACGUGGUCCAAGCUAUCGAACAGGUCCUGAAUGGGAAAGAGCACCAACCAGACAGCAGGGACCUAGCAAGCUCAGGAGAACUGGGAAAUACAGCUUUCCAGAGAGCUUCAAACUUCAGUUUAGCUGGAAUUGGUUUUGGAACUCUAGGAAAUAAAUCAGCUUUCUCUCCUCUUCAAACCAGUUCUGCUUCUUAUGGACGUGAUUCCAGUCUCUACAGCUUAAGUCCUAGACUAGGUAUCAGUCCAUUACGGCUGGCAUAUUCCUCUCCGGGAAGAGGGCUACCUGGUUUCAUGUCUCCCUACCUAACGCCUGGGCUGGUACCAGCAUUGCCUUUUCACCCAGCUUUGGAUUAUGCCUUUUCGGGGAUGAUUAGGGAUUCUUCCCACCACCCCAGUAAAGACAAUAUAACUGGCAGCAGACUGUAUUCCAGACUGACUCAGGACAAUCUGUAACACACCUGUCUAUUCCCCCUUUCUGAAGCAUUUCUAAAAGGCAUGCAAUGCAACCCCACACCUACACCCACAUCCACAUCUAUUAAUGUGUUCACUAUGUAGGUGAGUGGAUUACCAGGCCUUAAAGAUGCUGUUUUUUAAAAGCAAUAUAAUAAAC